AUGCAGCAAUUCUUGAGCCGGCUUCCACGGCCAAAAGUCACCCACCAGCACGGCUGCCAUAUAUUUUUGGCUCCGAGGAAAUCGGUUUGGGGAGUCAGCCGGUAUUCUGAUCAUGAGGCCCCCAGAGCAAACGCGUCGAAUGACCGCCUUCAAUCAAUAUAUAAAUUCGACAAGGGCCCAGAAAAACGGGGUCCACAGCCAUUAGAACUCCGGUUCUGGAGAUGCAAGCAUACAUGGCGAAGGGCGUCCGUCAACACCUUUCGCUGCUUGCUGGGGUGCACUACGGGAGACUUUGCUGCCAUGUGGUUUCUACAGGCCUAUUUUCCGACGUUAGGUCUGGGCCCGACGAUGGCUAUUGCCAUGGCAAGUGGCCUCACGACUUCCAUGGUGCUGGAAACUGUUCUUCUUCGGCUUGGUCGCGACAGCUUGACUUGGCCGGCAGCCGCGAAGACGGCUGCCGGCAUGAGCCUCAUCUCGAUGAUCAGCAUGGAGGCAGCUGAGAACAUCGUCGAUUACCACCUUACCGGCGGUGUGGUGGCACUGCAUGACCCUGUCUUCUGGGCGGCGGCUGCACUUUCAGCUGUGGCUGGCUUCUUAACGCCACUACCGUACAACUACCUACGCCUGAAAAAGUAUGGAAAGGCCUGUCACUAA